AUGGAAAGCGCAUACUUUUCCGUUUUGACCGAGCAGCAUUCGCCUUCAAGUUUCUGCCAUUUAAAGUUCCAUACCCAGUGCCAUUUAGACUUCUUGGAGAUGAAGCUAAGGGUUGGCUUGACACAACAUACUUAUCCCACACUGGGAUCAUACGUAUUUCAAGGGGAAACAAGGAGUCCUGAAAGUGCUUUGCCUUUCUAUGGUUGCAGCCUGAAGGUGAAAGUUGGUAAUCUGUUGCAUCUGCUGGUCUCUAAGGACUUCCAGAUUAUAAAAGAAGACGGGAAAUUAAAGAAUUCAGCUAGCCCCUUCCCAGGUCUCACCCUCAAUGCAACAGGCAACAUAGGCAAAAAAGGGAGUGGCAACACCUUUACCGUGUCCAUGAAAGGAGCUGUUCAAGUUGGUGGUUUGCAGUUUCCCUUGGAUGCUCAAGGAGAAUUUGUCAUGGAAAUAUUGUAUAUCGACAACAAGAUAAGGAUAUCCAGGCUUAACCAGCACAUGCUUGUCCAUUUACGCAUUACAAAUACAUGA